AUGGUUUCAGAGGCCUCUGUUGUGCCUGCGGAUCAGCUUGAGCGAAAUACUCUGGCUAUUGAGCUUUUGCACAACAGGUUUCGAGUAUUGGAGACUCGCCUUGCUUCUCUGGACGAGCGGUUUUCAGGAUUAUCCUCUUUGCCUGAGGGGCAGCUCGAGCGUGUUACUUCUUUGGGCGAGGGGCUCACUGCCCUUGCCUCUUUGGUCGGUGCCUUACAGUCUGCUUGCUCUGCCAGACAGCAGGCUUUUGAGCGUUCCUUUUCCGAGCGAGUGGAGCAGGAGGUUGUGGAAGCCUUAUCUGCUUUGCACCGUCGUCUCGAUAUUCUUUGCUAUCAGCGGGCAGACCUUUGGGCCCAGCUUUGUCAUCUUGAUCGUAUGGCUUUUUCCGACUCUCCGGAGCAUUUUUCCUUUGAGGAACUGCAGCCUAUUGAGGAGCCGGUGCCAGUGGUCGUGAAGCGUUUUCGGAAGACGCUUCCUUUAGAAUCACCGGCUUCUUUGCGGUCGUGGUCUGUGGUGGCCCCGGCCUCGAACGAUGUUGCUCGCGAACUUUCCUUUGCAGACCUGCGGCCUGAAGCUGCUCAUUCGGUUCCUUUGCCGGGGCCCUUGGACGUGAUUGCUCGGCUUCCUGAGGGCAGCAGGUCUUGUUUUGAGCGCCCGGUUCUUCGUGAUGCCUCUGGUGCUUUGCCUCGACCCGUGCUUUCUGCCCCGAAGGAGCCUUGUUCGACAUCAUCGUCUUCGCCUUUGCCCCGGCCUUCCUUUGCCCCAGCUUCCAAAUAUGACAAAGGGCCUGCACAUCGCUUGGAAGUUGCUUUGCCUCCGGCUGCUUCUUUCCCCUCGGGGUCCCUCGUUGCCGGGUGUGGGGCUGUGCCUGUCCUUCCGACCAAACAGGCAGCAUCUUAUGCGAUCCGGUCCUUUGCGGUGACCGGUGGCAAGAGCACCUUUGUGGCGGCAGCCUCGGCUCCCGCUUUGCCCGAGCAUUCUUUUCGCACUUCUUCGGGUGCCCUGGAGAAGGAAUGGUUGCAGGUUCGCGGCCUUUGGAGUUCCUUCUUGCAGGAGCUUCUCGCCAAGGCGAAUUGCACCGAGCUUCUUGAGCUGGUUUGGCGCCGGAACUCAGCUACCACAGUUAAGCGCUACUUGCAGUCGCUUUUUCGGGUUUUCUCGAUGCUGGAGGAUUUGGAGGUUCCUUUCCCCUCCUUCUCCCGGCUUCAGCUGCACGACGCUGUUCUUGCUUUACACCGCACCUUUGACGGCAGCCUCACCUUUGACGAUAAUGUGCUCAAAGCUUUGCGCUGGUCUCAGAAGGCGUUCCAGCUCGACUUGCCUAGCUUGCACAGUGGCAUUUUUGCGGCUACGGCCUUAUUUCAACGAACGGGUGAGAAGCGCGAGGCACCUCCGAUUCCACUUGCAUUUGCUGUGUGGCUGGAGUUUUCUUUUAUUAAGGGUAUUGAGGACAUGGCCGAGCGCAUGUUCGCUGGGGCUGUUUUGCUUUGCCUGUGGGCGAGUUUGCGUUUUGGUGAUGCCCAACAUGUUCGCUGGUCCUCUUUGCUUUUCGAUUUGGCAAGCCUCCGUGGGUGGUGCUAUAAGACCAAGACACAUCCCAGAGGAACACCCUUUGCCAUCACCUCGGGUGGCUUUUGUGGCUGCCGCGCGGGCAACGAUUGGCUUGCUUUGUAUUGCCUCUCCCUGAACCAGGUCCUGGCUCAGUGCCGCCAGUGCUUUGCUGCCGCUUGUGAUCCUGAUGCUCUUUUCUUUUCUUUUGAUGCGCUGGCACCUUCAUUUGUGCCUCUGUCUUAUGGACAGGCUUUGCUUCGGCUUCGCUCUUUAGCUGCCCGGUGGUCUGAGGAGAUUGGUCUGGCAGAGUCUGGCAUCGGAGCAGUGGAUCGCAGGGCUCAGAUCGAGCGGUUCAAGGGCAUCACAAGCUUGGUUCGGUCGCUUCGUACGGCAGAGAUGAUUGUCUUCCUGCUUUGCGUUUGCAGCGAGCUGUGGUCUCAUGCUUCUCCGGUGGUUGGCGCGCUCAGACUCCUUUGCAGCGAGGUCUUCUCACUUUGCAGGUGCACUGGCUUCUACGUUUCGAUUCUGGACAGCGCUUGGCUGAGGCUGUGUGGUACGACUGAGCUCGCUUACGCCGGGCCUCGGCCCUACUUUGCGGGGCUGUAUUUCGACAUGAUGCAGUUCGUGGCCUUGGCGCUUAUGGUUGUUUUUCGCUGCUUUUGGCUUAUUCGGGGUAGCCCGUCUCCUUUGCCUAUGCCGCGGUACUUUGGCUCCCAUCUGCACUUCCUGUCGCUUUACUUUGCGCACAAGAUGCACUCCGAGCAGUUCAAGGCCAUCAUCAGCAACCUUCCUUUGCACCAGCUUUGCAAAUAUUUGUGCGAGAAGGCGCAGGAGGAUGGUUCGGAGGUCUAUGGGACUUUGUUGUGGGUGCCGGAGGCGGGUAGCUCCCCUACUUUGCCUUCUGCGGACCCUGCUUCCUCUGUGGAUCCUGGUACUUUGCCGCACUUUGGCAAGGAUGCUGCAUCGUCCACGGACGAUCCUUUGCAGUCGGAAGGGGGCAACCCCUACCCUGCACAUUUGCAUUGUUACCACAACCACAUGGGUUUCUCCUACGACGAUUGGUAUGCUUAUUGGCAGCGCAAUGGCUGGUGGGAUUCGAUGAAGGUGCCCCCGGGCGGCACUCCUUUGCAGUCUUCCAGUGCUUCGCCGACUCCGUCUUCUACUUUGCCGCAGGCCAGCUCUAGCGCUGCUGAUGUGGGCCCUGCUUCUACUUUGGACCCUCCUUUGAACCAAUCUGCGGGGGAUGGUGAUGGCGCACAGGGUGGGGCCCCUGCUUCCUCUCCUUUGCGGUCUGAGGCCACGGGCGACAAGCCCGGGGUUUCCUUUGACUCUUGCUUUGAUGACAUGCCCGCGGGUGUCUACGAGAAGCUUGGGCCCUACAAUGUGCGCAGGAUCAUGCGAGUGGAAUGCCAAGAAGAGUGCGAGGAGUGUGCCAGUGGGCAUUGCGGUGCCAUUCUUGAUGACAACGAGCUCCUCACCUUGGCGGCCUCCUUCAAGGUCCCGGACUUACUGGUGCAAGCUCUGAAGGACGAAGGUUGGGACGUGCCCUCCUUUGCCAUGUCGGCCACCUCGGUAGCUGAAGUUGACGGCGCUCUUUCGGAACUCGUCCCGGACUCCAGCUUUACUUUGCAGGAAAGAGCUAAUUCUCGUUUGCUUUGGCAGCGGUGUCACGCGAUGACUUGUGGAGCUUCUUUUGCUUUGCCGGAGCCUCCGGCUGAUCCGGCUUCGCUCUCAGCUCGGGAUUCGGCCUCGUCUUGGGCGAGCCCGUUCCCUCCCAAGGUUGCUGCAGAUGCUUUGCAAUCCCUCAAGAAAGAGUUCUUGAAGUCUUACACUUCUGAAGUUCUGGACCCGGACACUUUGCCCUCUCCCCGCCUUUUGGCUCUGGUGAAGGCCAACGUCGACGCUCUUCCUUUGCGAUCAGGCUGGCGCUGGGUGGCUUGGAAGUUUCGGCUUUCACAGAGGGCCCACGACGAGAAGGACAGUAUUGCUUUGAACUCUAGGCCGCGGAAAAUCGCUAAAUUUGACCUUUCAGAUCUGCUGCUGGACGAUAUGCCGCUUCGGGAGAUACCGUCGUCGGGCCAGCUGGGGAAUUACCAGUUGUCGCAAAUUUUAUCUUUGCAUUCUGUGGCAGUUGCUCUUUGCAAAGGUUGUCACCUCAGCACCCUUCGUGCAUAUGAGCGUGCAUUCUUGGAGCUGGCAACCAAGCGUUGCCCUGCCGAGUUGAAUUUGCGCAGCCCUGCGGCACAGGAGCUCGAGCAUGCCGAUCGCAUGCUUUGGUCGUCUUUGCACGUUCUCCUUUGCCCUCGCCCCGCCCUGCCCAAGCACAAUCCGAACAACAAGUUGCAGCAAUUGGGCCGCGAUCCCCCCAAGUUUUUGGGCAGAGGCGACAAAGGAGCGGACUCGGGUGGUAAGCGCCACAAGUGGGCCACUACUUUCAACGGCAAGACAGUUUGCCUUCGCUUCAAUUCUCGCUCCGGCUGCUCCGACAAGAAUUGCAAGUAUUUGCAUCAGUGUUGCGUGGUGGACGAGAACAACAAUAAGGGUCAGGGUGAGGCCUUGACUGGGUCGGCGGAUCUGUCACUCGCUAGCGUUGCUUUGUCAGACAGCAUUUCUUCGAGCGCGUUGGAGGUGGCAUCUUCGUGCGACGGGGCUCCACCUUUACAGCCUAUUCUGGUGGAGCUCGGUGUGGUCUCCGUGAUGGUGGCCCACGUCUUCGACCUGGAAGCCGGGCCCUUGGGAGAUCGUCUUCUGCAUCGCCUUUGUCAGUUGCUUUUGGCUACCUUUCUUGGUGGCGGUCACAUUUUGCUUUUCAUGCAUUCGGCCUCUGGUCUUUGGACCCAGCGGGCAACGAGAUCUCUUCUUUUGGAGGCACGGGCAGCAAUGACAGUUUUGCCUUUAUGUGGCUUCGGGUCGCCUUGUCAUGACGAGCUCUUGCUUGCCUCGUCUCUGGAAUGCUUUGGAAGCUUGGCUGGUAUCGUUUCGCGGCUUGGUCGGUCGAACUCCCUUUCGGGUUCUCCAGCUUUGAUAUCUUUGGAUGCUUUGGUGGCGUUGCGACCGGUUAAGCAGGCUCGUGAUCUCCCCAUCGCAUCGCAGGAUGGCGGAGGCAUUCAUUCUAAGCCCGACUGGUCUGUGCCGCCUUCUUCGGCUUCGGGGAUAUUUUCGCAACUUCGGAAGGAUUUCCUUACUUUCAUCUUGCAGCACGGUCUCCAUCGCCGCCUUCGAGACCAUGUGGCUGCGGCUUCGGAGUCUCCUUUCUUUUCAGAUAAGGAGGUCCUUGCUUUUCGGGGGAUCGCCAAUCGGUGGUUCGCUGCCCAGGGUUGCCGUGACGAAGUCAAUUGGAACAAGCCCUCUGGUCAGCCUUACUGUCUUCACGCUUUGCACUCUUUGAGUCAGGUGGUGAAGGACGCCGACAAGCAUUUAUUCUUGGCUUUGCUCGAGGGUGUCCCCACAGGGUACGAUGGCGAUAUUCCCAAGUCUAAUGUUUUCACUCAGCACGAUAGUCCUCUUUCCGACGGUGAUCUGUUGCUUUGCUUUGGGAACUGGACUGGGGCCGAGGCCGACCCCACUUUACUUUGCGAGCUUUUGCAGAAGGAAGUGGAUGCGGGAUGGUUGGAGACCAUUCCUUUGCACGAGGCUCAAGCUCGCUGGGGCUCUCGCCUUGCCGUGGGGCGCCUUAACAUUGUUAUCGCUCCUGGCAAGAAGCCUCGACUUGUAGUUGACAGCUCUGUGUGUGGUACCAACAGUUGUUGCCAAGUUCCCGAAUCGUAUGCUUUGCCCGGCCUGCAACACGUCGUUUCGUUUCGUUCUUUGAAUACCUGA